UCGUCUCGCUCGAUUUCUCCACACCACUCUUCCUCGUCGGCUGUGUGAUGAUGAUGGAUACGGAAAUCGGUAUCGCGGUCGAUUUUCUUUUGACCUUCCUUCACGACGUAUCCGAAGAGAAGCUACAAGAGCUAGCACACGAACUGACGGAGAUUCUACGCGAACGCUACACGGGACACUGGUAUCCGGACCGACCAAGCAAAGGCAACGGCUAUCGCUGCAUAAACGUCAAUCAAACCGUUCUCGACCCAACUCUGGCGAAAGCCGUUCGGCAGUGCCAGUUGUCGCCGAAUUCGGUGCGUCGGAGUCUUCCCGAAAACCUCAGUCUCUGGGUCGACCCUCACGAGGUGAGCUAUCGAAUGGGCGACCGCGGUCCUGUCGACGUUCUGUACACGUACGGCGGGGACAGACACUGUACAACUACGUACGACGUGUCAUCGAGUUGGGAAAUGGAGAGUUACGCGGCGAACAACGGGUAUGAGGAAUUCCCCGACCACCCGGCGGCUCAGUAUCACGACUAUGGUCAUUACGACUUGUCCUCAGGCGGCAGCUCGGAUGUAGAAAUGGACAACGAUGGCGACUACUUCACGUACCGAGGCGAGGUGUUCAGUAGGCGGGCAUUGUCUGACUACCUCGACUCUGCGGCUUACACGAGCUCGAGCGCCUAUAUGCCGACCACUUCGAGCAUCUACACGUCGCCCUAUUCGUCUCCCUAUCAAAGCUACGGCUCUCCGAAUUUCGUGCGCAAGAUGCAGACUCUAGUGCAUUAGGAGAUAGAUUGUGUAACAAGUGUAAUGUUUUCUAAGAUGUAUAGUGAACCAGAGAGACAUAUUGGUCUGUUUACAUAGAGAGACCGUUUUUUGUUAUAUAUCGUUUCUCCCUGCUCCGCGUGAGCUGGAUUUCAAUUCAGCAGUAAUCUGCAGUUUCGACAUAAUAGAAAAAUCGCAAAGCAA